AUGGAUAUUCUAGCUCCAUUGUCGAUGUUGAAUCAUCUCAGCAACACUGAUUUGGGAGAAAUAUUGAACGAUGAUGGAAGAUUCGAGGAAGUUGUCAAUGACAUAAAACAGUUUAAAGAAUUGGAAUCUGAAAAGGAAGUUCUGAUCGCUGGAAAUCGUUCUCUGGCCGAAGUCAAUCUAGCAAAGCAACCCCAACUCGAGGAGAAUAAAAAAUCAUUACAUGAACUGUCUGAGACAGGCUGUGAUCCUACCAGUGCCGAACAGCUGCAGAGUGGGGAUGACAUGGAGAUGAGGGGAAGGUGA